AUGCCCUCCAAACCAACAAUCGUUCUUGCAGCAGGUGCUUGGCACUUGUCAAGUUGCUACGAUGAUCUCCGAGAAGAACUCCACAGCCGUGGCUGGAAGACUGACACUGUUGAUUAUCCCUCAGUCGGCGCCGAGCCUCCCACCAAAGGCCUCGAUGAAGAUGCCGCAGCUCUUCGAAGUGUUCUUCAACGAUUGGCCGAUGAGGGUGAACAAAUCGUUCUUGUUGUCCAUUCAUAUGGUGGACUCGUAGGAGCGAACGCUGUCAAGGGUCUAGGAUACCGCCAACGUCGCGAACAAGGGCUACCUGGAGGUGUUAUCAUGUAUGUGUACAUGAGCGCGUUUGUAGCUCCUGUCGGAUCGUCUAUCAAGCAGAUGCUCGGUGGGGAGUACCUGCCGUGGAUGAUGGCUGAUGGGGGGUAUGUGCAUGUGGACAACCCCACAGAGAUCUUUUACCACGAUGUGAGCGGCCAAGCAUUGACAACGUCCUUGGAAACACUCACGCCUCAGUCUGCACUCAUCUUCGAUGGUGUCGUUACGAAUGAGCCUUGGCAUGAUAUUGCGACGAUGUACUUCGCUUGUACUGAAGACAAGGCGAUACCCAUAGCUGUACAGGACAACAUGGCAGCAACCUUGGGUCCGGAUGCACUGCACUAUCGUAUCGACGCGUCGCACUCUCCAUUCCUUUCAAAGGUCGACGAGACUGUAAAGGGGCUGGAAUAUGCUGCCGAAGAGGGUGUGAAGAAAGUUGCUGUAGCUUAG